AUCACCAGCUUCCUCCAUCUUCCUGUCCGGCACUGUACAAAACACCAUACAAUAAAUAACUUUGCAAUGCCAUACAAAAUGCUACGCAGUAGUCCAGAACCAGAUAAUCAUAGCUGCGCUGGUAGGAGGGGCAGAUAAUGCGGUAAGCGAAUUUGGGGAAUACCGUUUGAGAAGGUCCAGGGGCUUCUCAGUCCUCCCUCCCGCGCAUAGAAGCUGCAAGUGGCUUGACCCUCCACUGAACAUCCUCCCUCAACACACAUCAUCGAUAAGCGAGUAGAUCCCUCACCACUACCCACUUACCCAACCCGACCCCUACAAACCUCGCCUUUCACCUCGCCUUUCAAAGACCCUCCAGACUCGGUCGUCCUCUCGUUUCAUCCGUUCCACCUCUCAACUACCACCGCCACCACCACCUUACCUCCUCCUCAACCCCUUCACACACACCCUGAUACCCCCUCCCUCUCUUCAACCUCACCUAUAUACUAUAGGAUACCGCUGGUCUGAGCACGCAUGGUCGCUCUCCCUUCUCGCUUCCCUUAUAAGCCACUGCAGCAGUGAUACUUCCACCUCCACCUCCACUCCCUCCCAUCUUGGUUCCCUUCGACACCUGCCCCCCCCCCCAGAAACUGGAACUCCAUGAUGUCGUCCGUUCCCAGAAUGCCCGCGUGCACUCAUAAAAGUCUCUCUCAAUGCAACCUAAUGGGUGAAAGCUGCUCCACAUUCAAGGAUAUGGGCUGUCCCCUUCUGCGAUCCAUGUAAAGAUUAUUGGAACUUGGACUCUGAUCAAGCGUUAGGACAUGCAGCCGCGGAUAACAACCCAUCUCCCCGGCUGCUUGCUCACAUGCGAGAAAGCAUCGUUAAUAGGCACCCCCUCAUUUCUGGCCCGCUAGCGGGCUUUCGUAGCAGCUUUUUUCCCCGUGAAUCCUCCGAUGAUUUACUUAAUGUAGGAGCUGAUAAUGACAUUCAUGACCGCUCUCUUGGCUCUCGCCACUCGGAACAACUGAUGCCGGGGAACUUUCCCAAUAAUGGGCCCGAAAUUAGAAACUAUUUCACACAUAACCAUCCCACGCCAGGAGGCAGUGGUUCAGGACUAGACGAUUCUGACGACUCCGAUGAUCUACGAAGCUUGGAGAACAAUAUACCUUCGUCCAGCAAUGGAUCAAAUGAACGCCGCUCAUCAAACCUUUGGUCACUGUCCAAUAGCGCUCAGGGAUCUGAAGCAGAGAUGCCCGAUUUCCCCUCAGGAGCUUUUACACGGUUUGUACUCAAUGAACGUUUCGUCCCAUUUUUACUCUUUUCCAUUUACUAAGGGCCGUCCUGUGUGAACAAUUCUAGUCCUACCGGUGCUCAGACAGCUGCUCGGAGCGAAGUUGCUAUCAACCAUGUUACCGGUACGAAUAGAAUCGCAAAUGAGAACCUGCGAAGACUCCGUAAUAUACGCGAUUCUCGAGGUCCCCAUGAAGCUGCUCUCUAUGAACACCAAUUCCGGGGUGUUGGGGAAUACGGGGAGCCGGUGCAUGACCGUCUCAGGUGGACUGAUCAUACUAUGCCACGUAGCGGCUUAGAUGAUGAUGACGACUCUGACUCUUCACCAGUAGCUCUGUAAGUAUCCUCUAUCUCGACCUCCAAUCGCUCAGGCUAAUAUCAUUACAAAGAUCCCAGCGAAGUCUGACCGCAUAUAAUCGUGCACAACGUCAGCGCUCAGAUGUGUCUACUGUACGCAGUGCUCUAGAAUCCUACCGAAACAGAGAUCCUCACCACCGCCUUUCCGAAAAUCGAGCCUCCUCUUCGCGCGGUAAUCACGAUGACGGGGCUCAAAGUUCUGACAGGGUUUCAGAGAGGGUUUUAAGGUUGAGUAGUGAAAUUCUGGGGAGAAAUCAUAAUCCCUUUGCUGACAGCUUCAGCCGCUGGAGGGGCCUCAGGCGUCCCCCUGGUGGCAUACACCCUGAUUAUCCUCCACCAACCGAACCGAAGGGAUUGGAUGAGGACAGGACUCGCCCAGAGCCGCUGGAAAUGGAAGCAAUGAAGCUCGAUUGCGAGUGCAAGAUUUGCUUCGGGCAGAUUGCGGAUACUCUCUUGUUGCCCUGCAGCCAUUUGGCUAUCUGUACUUGGUGCGCCAAUCAAAUGGGGAUUAAGCCAAUUAGUGAGCUACACUUUGGGCCACCGAUCCACUGUCCUGUGUGCAGGGUGGCUGUUUCGUCCAGGAUCAAGGUUUUUCGUGCAUGAUAUAUCCCCGUGUCUCCAUUCAGUCUACCGGUACCCAUGCAUCAGUGAUAAAUAGUGGCGCAUGUCUUUGAAUAAAACCUUGUAAUAAAAUCCCUUUUACUUCUUCCAUAGAUACAUGCAGACGUAAUUAGAGUCUUCACCUUA